AUGACAAAUGGCCGGAAAGCUGAAGAAUUCAAAACAUUCUUUAAAAUUCGCAGAGAACUGUCUACUCAUAACAAUAUCAUAUUACGUGGAAAUAGGAUAGUUAUUCCACAAGCUAUGAGAGGUCAAGUGUUAAAAAUAGCACAUGAAAGUCACCAGGGAAUUGUAAAGACUAAACAAAUGUUGAGAGAGAAAGUGUACUGGCCAGGAAUUGACUCAGAAAUAGAGGAAUUAAUUAGGACUUGCGAACAAUGCCAGCUAAACUCCUUUCCUCCAAAACAACCAACAAUCACACCUACGGAAUUACCAGACCGCCCGUGGCAAACUGUAGGGAUGGACCUUACAGGACCGUUCCCCGGGGGAGAACAUAUUCUUGUAGUCAUUGACUACUACUCCAGAUUUCCAGAAGCAGAAAUCAUCAAAAAUACAUCAUCAAGAACAAUAAUAAAUAAACUGAUGCGUAUUUUCGCAACACAUGGACUACCGGAAACUAUAAAAACUGACAAUGCGCCAAAUAUGGUAUCAGCUGAAAUCACAGAAUUUUUCAGACCGAAAUGGAAAUAA